AUUAUAUAAAUGGGUUUUCUCCAGAGCGCAACACACAGUUUACUGUAGAUCAUGGUAGUACGGAGCCCAUUUUUUCCACUGCUGCUAAUGCUGCUGGGUCUGGUGCUGGACAGAGCCUCCACCCAUGCAUUCAACCCCAGUCACCUUCAACAACACAAAGUCCUCCAUCUUGACUGGCCAAAGGACUGUGGCCUGGCUCAUUUCAAACCAAACACAGUGGAGCGCAUUGUGUCAGGCAAUGAGGCAAGACCCCAUUCCUGGCCAUGGCAGGUCUCACUGCAGGUUCGUCCCAGAGGCAGUAAACAUUACGUUCACGUGUGUGGAGGAACACUGAUCCACAAGAACUGGGUUGUUACUGCUGCACAUUGCUUUCAAAAGGGCAAAGCAGAGGAUGCUAGCAGCUGGCGUAUCGUUUUGGGUAAGCAUCAGCUGAAGAGGGCAGAGUCAGCUGAGCGUAUUUUUCCUGUGAAGAGGAUCUACAGGCACGAACACUUCCGUUAUCCGGCCCACAGUGAGCUGGACUAUGACAUUGCAUUGGUCAAAGCUGGCACGGAUAUCCAGACCACUAACUUCAUCCGCUACGCCUGCCUGCCGCGCAAGCAGAUCAACCUUAAACCAGGGCACUACUGCUGGGUGACCGGCUGGGGAGACACAAGAGGUGGAAAAGAAAACGUGUCACUUGCUGAAACGCUGAACCAAGCUCGACUCCCAAUCAUUGACUAUAAGACCUGCCGACAGAAGAAGUUCUGGGGUGACCGUGUGAGAGACUCCAUGAUCUGCGCUGGGUUCAGAGACACACAAGGAACCUCAGCUGCCUGUCAGGGUGAUUCUGGUGGCCCUCUGCUGUGUCAGUUGGGGCGUGACCACUGGGAGGUUCAUGGCAUCGUGAGCUUUGGUCCCAUUGGAUGCACGGUGGAGAACAAGCCUAGUGUCUUCACCCGCACAGCAGCCUACAUCCCAUGGAUAGAGGCCACACGCAUCAGGGACUUCUUCCUGCAUUGAUUUCCCAUCUCUGAGAAAUCCUUGCUCACAUCUGCGGGCACCGAAAGAGUCAUUAUAACAGCUUUAGCUCCAUAUCUCAGGUCAGGGUCUGGCCCAUGGACUUGGUCAACCAGUUGUGGUCCAUGCAUUGGAAGCUGGUGUACAACAUAGCCACCAGUCAUCAAAGUUAGGGUAAUUUGCACUGCUUUGAGGGUCAUUUCUCCACUGUGCAUGUGAGAUUCUUAUGGGCUUCGCUGUAGCUAAUAACUGCAAAGUUUUUAACUGCUUUCAGUUAGCCAAGCGACAUUUUCUGUAAAACUAGAUCUGCACAAGUCCUGGCUAUUGUACAUUACACUCAUGAUGCUUAUUUGGUCUCAUUUUUCUGUAUGGACUGGCAUGUACUUUCGCUUUCUCUCUUGGGCAGUCCAGUGCUCAGUCCUUAAGGUGCUUUUUGACGGUUUCAAUUACUGACAGAAAUAUCUCAUAUAUUUUACCUGCUACGGUGAGACAGUGUCCCUUUGACACUGAACAGAGUAAGAAAUUUCCACACAGAUUGGAAUUCUGAUACUUCACACUUUAUAUAACCUAUCAGAAAAUGCACUUUUUUCCCCCAAGAUACUUUAAAGGUAAAGUUUGUCUAAAAAUGAAAAUUCUGUCAUCAUUUACUCACCCUAAUUUUGUUCCAGACCUGUAUGACUUUCUUUUUAAGGCUAGAUAGAAGCCUCAGUCACUAUUCACUUUCAUUGUAUCUUUUUUUUUUUUUUCUUUCUCCACAGUGAAAGUGAAUGUUGACUGCAGCUGUCAUUCUGGACAUCUCUUUUUUUGUUCCACAGAAAAAAGAAAGUCAUAUGGGUUUAGAACAACAUAAGGAUGAGUAAAUGAUUGCAGAAUUUUCAUUUUUGAGUGCAUUAUCCCUUUAAUAUCAAUUGAACAAGUUGUGGAAAAGGGGGCUUUAAUAAGUUAUUAUAUAAUUUAAUAUAUGCAUCUACACAAUUAUUCAAACUACAAAGAGUGUCUGGGGUAGUGGUGAAAUAUUGCUUGGAUAAUUAAGAAUAAAUUAUAGAAUAAAUAAUGCUUAUUCUGGUUGAGAAAUAAUACUUUCAAAAUAUGAUGUGGAUAACAAAUAUAACUAAAGUAGCGGAAGGAGGGACAUUUAUUCUGCAGUAAUAUGGUAAUUAUCAUUCAUUAUUCAUCUGUACAUUUACUGUCUAAUCUGCUUACAAAUAAACCAACUGUAAACAAUAUCCGUCGAUUCAUUUUUGUGCAACACCAAUACUGUUAAAUUUGCAAAAACAUUCUGUGACAUCAAAUGAAAGGAAUGCUCCAGGUUGAAUAUAAAUUAAGAUUAAACUACAGCAUUUGUGGCAUAAUGUUGAUUGAAUAAUUUAAACAUCCUUUUUUUAUUUAAAAAAACAGAACCAAAAAUCAGUUACAGUAAGGCAAUUACAAUGGAAGUGAAUAGGGUCAGUUCAUAAACAUCGAAAUACAGUUUAGAAAGUAUAGCCACAAGACAUAAACAAUAUAUUGUACAUAUUAACAUGAUUUUAGUGUGUUAAAAUCAGGAAUUAACAAUAUAUGCAUUACAUUGUCUUUACAACUAAGUUGUAUUAUUGGAUAUAACCUCAUAUAAGAUUGACGGUAUUAUCACACUAAACACAUUUAUGUCUUGUGGCUUUACUUUUAAAACAGUGUAAUUUUUUUUAUGAACUGGCCCAUUCACUUCCAUUUUAAGUGCCUUAAUGUAACCGCAAUAUUUGCUUUUUUUAAAUAAAUGAAUGACAAGUCGAAGUUAUUUUUUGUGGCAAUCAAUGCAUUAUGGCAAAAAUGCUGUUAAUUUAGAUUAACUUGUAUUGAACCUGAAACAAUCC